AUGGCGCUCAGGGAAGAAAACUUCGUCGUCCUUCAUUCUGGAUCAUGGAAUACAACGGCAGGAAUCAAUGUCGUGGACACCAAUAAGCUGCCGAUCGUGACGAUACGUUCCUCGGUUGGAGUCAGGACCGUGAUGCCAGAUCCUAGCGACUUAGCCGAAGUAGAACUGACAUCAAAGGCGACUGAGACUGGGACAGAAAAGGCAGUCGUGGCAAAUGCCGAGAGUGUGGAGAGUGCGGAAGGUGCAGAAAUCAAAGUCGAGAAGGCGGAUGAGGAGGACGAGCGGGCUGCGGAGACUCAGGAGCAGACAAAGGAGCAGGAGAGCAGCAAGCCACAAACGACUUAUUACUGUGGUAGCGCCUUGACUGAGGCCAUUCAGCAAUACCCAGAAGCAGAGCUCUCGGUCUCUUCACCGAUCCAAGAUGGCAUCGUCAAGGAUUGGGCCGCUAUGGAAGCCCUCUGGCGCCAUGUAUUGUUCAGGGAACUGGGAAUCAAGCGCUCAAGGAAUGCGUCGCCAGUGCUGAUGGUGGUUCCCACAGACUGGACCAAAGAGGAGCACGAGCGGAUCACACAGAUCUUUUUCGAGAACUUCAAUGUGCCUGGACUUUAUCUUGCGGAGGCACCGUUGAUGACACUUUAUGGAUGUGCGGCUGUCACAGGUCUGGUCAUUGACAUUGGGCACAACAGCACAGAAAUUACACCUAUUCUAGACACUCAGAUCCAACACAACGCUAUCCAGACCAUCCCAUUGGCAGGCGCGGAUUUCGAUGCGUACUUUUUGCAGCUUCUCAAAGCAGACAGCCAACUGGUGCGAGAAUAUGGCGAACCCUUGGACUCGGAGUUCGCUAGACAUUUGAAAGAGUCGGGUGUGUGCCAGGUUCUAGGCAGAGACGAGAAGGAGAGCAAGAAUAGGGCUCAGGCUGAAUAUAACGGAAAGAAGUUUACUGUUGGAUCCGCACGGUACAAGGCAUAUGACCCAUUGUUCAAUCCAGAUUUGAUUGGGAAGCGUGUACUCAACAUCAUCGAGGCAAUCCACGCUGCUCAGCUUGGAUGUAAGGCAGAGAAGCGUCAGUCAUUAUGGGAGGCAAUCAUUCUUACUGGAGGAUCAUGCCAGAUUAAAGGUUUACAAGCGCGUGUCCAGGCUGAGAUUGAGGAGUCAUUGACAGUAUCUGAGAACUUUGGGGAGUUUCAGGUUCGGGAAGUCAAGUUCUUGAAGAUCCCUGAUUAUUUCCCAGAACUCAAGGACUCAAUUGUCCAUGCUGGAUUCCUUGGAUCGGAGAUCGUUGCCAAGUUGAUCUUCCCGGACCCUCGAAACUACAUCAACAAGGUCGACUACAACGAGAGCGGUCCCAGUGUGGUUCACACAAAGACGUUCUAA